CAGGGCAGAGGCUGAGCAGGAGCCAGACAGCCUGAGCGGGGCAGGGCGGGGCUCUGAGUCAGGCUGCGGGAGGGGCCUGGAGGUGGGGCAGCCCUGCACCUGCGCUGGCACAGGCAGGAGAGCCGGGCUUAUAGCAGCAGAGCGCUGGGACGCCAGUCACCGGGCAGCAUGCUGUGUGCCCUGCUUCUCCUGUCCGGCCUCCUGGGGGCCAUGGCUGGCCCCGUCUCAGGCCCCCAGGACUGUGCCAAGGGCCCCGAGGUGUGGUGCCACGACCUGCAGGCAGCUGCCAGGUGCAGGGCUCUGGGGCACUGCCAGAGGUCUGUCUGGAGCAAGCCCACCGCCAAGUCCCUGCCCUGCGAUGUGUGCCAGGAAGUGGUGGCUGCUGCCGGCAACGGGCUGAACCCCGACGCCAGCGAGUCCGACGUCCUAGCCUGGGUGACGAAGACCUGUGAGUGGCUUCCCAGCCAGGAGUCCUCAGCCUGGUGCAAAGAGACGGUGGACACCCACAGCACGGUCGUCCUGAGCAUGCUCCGCAGCGGCCCGGCCAGUCCCGCGGCCCAGGUGUGCACCGCGCUCACCCUCUGCGAGCCCCUGCAGAGGCGCCUGGCCGCCCCAGGGGUGCCGUUCUCCCGGGAGGACGCCUCCCAGGCUGCGACUCCAUUCGUGGUCAACGGGGCGCUCAGCUUCCACCCUCCACAGGGGCCUGGGGGUGCUGUGUGCCAGGAGUGUGUCCAGCUGGUCUCCCGGCUCCAGGAUGCUCAGAGGUCCAACUGGACCUGGGCAGGGGUAAACAUCCAGGAGCACUGUGCCUCCCUGGGGCCUGGCCUGGCCCUGCUCUGCAAGGGCUACGUCCACCAGCUUUCGGUCCCUGCGGAGCAGGCUCUGAGGCUUCUCCCACCACAGGAGGUCUGCAGGAAGGGUGGCUUCUGUGAGGAGCUGCGGGCACCUGCCCACCGGCCAGCUCAAGCAGCGGCUGUGGACGGGGUCCCCUCCCUGGAACGGGGGCUGCCGAGAAGGAGUGAGAUCCAGAUGAAGUCGGGCCUGACCUGCGAGGUGUGCCUGGACGUGAUCCAGGAGCUGGACCAGUGGCUGGUGGCCAACAGCACGGAGGCCAUGAUCAGCCGCGCUCUGGAGCGUGUGUGCUCCAUAAUGCCGGCCUCCAUCCUGCAGGAGUGCGUCACCUUGGUGGACACCUACAGCCCCUCCCUGGUGCAGAUGGUGAGCAGAGUCGCCCCGGAGAGAGUGUGCAAGGCCAUCCGGCUCUGCAGCAGCCGCAGGUGGGCCAGGGCCGCCCCGGGCGUCCGUGCAACCAGAGCCCACGCAACGGAGCCGUCCCUGCUGCUGGACGAGGAGAGCCAGGGCAGCUUCUGCAAUGGGUGCAAAAGGCUGCUGGGUGUGUCUUCCCAAAACCUGGAGCGCAAGAGCACCAAGCGGGACAUCCUGACGGCCUUCAAGGGCGGCUGCAGCAUCCUGCCUCUGCCCUACAUGGUGCAGUGCAACCGCUUCGUCACCGAGUACGAGCCCGUGCUGAUCGAGAGCCUCAAGGAGGUGAUGGACCCCGAGGCCGUGUGCAGGAAGGUGGGGGCCUGCCACGCCGCCAGGACCCCGCUGCUGGGCACCGACCAGUGCGUCCUGGGCCCCAGCUUCUGGUGCAGGAGCCCGGCGACAGCCGAACUGUGCAACGCCGUGGACCACUGCCAGCGCCUGGUGUGGAAAGGGACACCCCGCCACAGCAGGGGGCACCUGUGACCAUGCGCGCCCGGCCCGGAGCCCGUGAGUGCUGGCCCCAGAGGCUUCUGCAUCCCACGGGACCCCAGGAGGUGGGUGCUGUCCCCAUCUCCAUUUCACAGAUGAAAAACCAAGGCUCUGAGGAGGGGGGCUGGGAGGGGACAGGCUGAAGUUCAAAGCCAGAUAUCGGUGACCCCAGGACCUGUGUGGACCUCUCUGCCAUGGGACCCCGCCCUUGCAAACGUCCUCAGUGCACAGGACACAGUGCGCCAUCCAGCCAAGGCUGCCCUCAGGCGCCAAGCCAACAGCCCGGGAGUCCAGCAGGGACCCGGGACCACCCCCAGAAGCCACAGCAGAAGUGGAGGGAAGGUGGCGGACUCCCUAGUCAGACCGGUCCUCCUGUCAAGAGCGCAGUGUGGGGCUGGGUCUCGGCCACAGCUACACGCUGUCCCGGGUCACAGAUCAGUAUGAGCUUGCUGGGGUUGUUUCCAGAGGCGCUUGUGAGGGGCCAGUGUCUCUGCACUUCUCUGGGGCUUUGACCACAUUCCCAAGGGGAGCCUGGACUUCAGAGCCGUCCUUCCAAGGUCUCAGUCCACCACAGAGAUGCUGUCCUCUCACUCAGACUCUCCACUGUCCUGGAGCUGGGCAGAAGUCUUGGGUGCCUAAAUCAGAAGAGCAAAGCGUGCUGGGUGGAGCCCCCAGGAAUAGCCCAAGGGGUCUGGAAUAGCUGCUGGAGCAGAAGCAGGACAUGGGAGCAGGCCCUCCGCCGGCCAGAGCCUCAGUCUUCCCAUCUGUAGGCUGGGAUGAUCACGCCCGCCUCACAGGGAUAUUGAGACAAUUCUAAGAGAUGUCCUCAAGCCCCUUCCCAGAGCCCAGCACCCGCCUAUGUCGGGGGUCCCCAGGGUAUCUUGCUGGGCAAUGCUGUAUAAACUGGAAAAGUUCCUCCAAACGCUGGCUUGGUCUUGUU